AACCUGGGUAUAUUACACAUACACAUAUACGCGCGUCGUUGGUGCUGCUGCUUAGUUUGAAAAUGGUGGAAAUGUUUAGAUAUCCCGUUUUGUACGUGCCUGGUCUGUUUUCACAAGUUUUAAAAUAGCAACAUACCCUUUUAACGUGUCACGAGGAUCACGCGCGAUUAGCCUUUUCAUCAUGCUCCCGUCAAUAUACAAUUGUCUUCCAACAAAGCUGACUGAAUAAGAAUAUGAAAAUUUGUAAAAAAACGAAUUCAGAAAUAACAAGAUUCUCUAAGUUUAAAAACUCCGCCUUUUCGACGGGCGUCAAGGUCAAUGCCCCGCGACCUCAGAAAAUAGGACAUUUAAUCAACGUACAGCAGAAAACUCUAUACCUAUAAUACUUGAGAAAUCAUGAAGAGAAGAUACGUUUGGAUCGUACUGUUGCUAGUAACGCUGUACACCCUGUACCGUUACGAUUAUCAAAAAACGCUCGUUGCAAAGUUGAAAUACUUUGCAUGGAACGAUGUAUUUUUCAUGCCAUUCUUCGCUUCGUCUUCGUUGCCAUCAUCUUCGUCAGCUUCUGAAGGAAAUGAACAAACUGUUCGGCUAUUCACGCAAAGCCAACUUAGCCAGUAUACGAAUCUCGAGGAUGGUUUGUACCUUGCCAUACUGGGGCAGGUUUAUGACGUAACCAAAGGCGAGCGACACUACGGACCUGGAGGAUCGUACCAGUCGUUUAUCGGGCGUGAUGCAUCGCUGGCCUUCGUCACAGGGGACUUCAGUGCCGAAGGAUUGACCGACGACGUUUCCAGCCUGAAGCCAUCCCAAAUCAAGUCUCUGAGCGAUUGGACAGGGUUCUACGCCAAGGAUUACACGUACAAAGGGAAACUCAUUGGGAGAUAUUACGAUAGUGAUGGUAAUCCAACGUCGCAACAUCACAUGAUACAGGAGAUGCUGGCCUUAGCUGAAAAGGAAAACUCUAGUGAAGAGCAGAAGAAGAGAAUUUUUCCUCCUUGCAAUAUAGAGUGGAAACCCGAUGUUGGGACUAGAUUGUGGUGCUCGAAACGAAGUGGUGGAAUAGAGAGGGAUUGGAUCGGGGUGCCCAGAAUGCUGUUCGAACCUGGCUCCGAACAGCACCGCUGUGCUUGCGUCAACUUAAAAAGUAAAGAACACGAAAUGCACAAGGGAAAUCUACGAGAGUACGAAGGAUGCGCUAAAGGCUCCACUAACUGUGUGAUUAAAAAUAGCUAAUCAUUCAAUCGCUAUGAUAUUUUGUAUAAUUUGCAUUCCAACAGUGAUAAAUUAAGUAUCUGAUUUUCUUUUCUCAUGAAUAAACAUGUUAUUUUUAUAUACAUAUGUUAUCGUGCUUGUUACUUAAUAUCCAUUGCGUCCGUAAAGGUCUGUCUGUGGUUAUGUUAUUCAUAUUUGUGUUGAAAUGUUUAAAAGAUACUUUCGAUUUAAAAAUAUAUAUUAUAUCCAUAUUUAUACCAAUACAGUAUACAUGUAUAUAAUCAUGUUGUUACGAUUCCUUACACACGGUAAUAAUAAAAAGAUCUGUUAAUUUUUAA